CCCCCUCCGACGCACGUCGCGUCUUAGCCCGUCGCUUCCAAGAUGGCGCAGGUGCUGAGGGCGGCUGUGGCGGCGGCGUGCGCAGGAGGGCUGUUCUCACGACUGCAGGCUCCCGUUCCCACAGGGAGAGCCUUUUCCACCCCCCAGUCCUCCCGUCGUGUGGCCAGUGCUGCCGUGUGGGCCCUGGGGCGGCUCAACCACGUGGCCAUCGCCGUGCCGGACCUGGAAAAGGCCCGGGCGUUUUACCGGGACGUGCUGGGGGCCCAGGUCAGCGAGGUGUCCCCUCUUCCUGAGCACGGGGUGUCUGUGGUGUUCGUCGACCUCGGGAACACCAAGCUGGAGCUGCUUCACCCGCUGGGAAAGGACAGUCCGAUCGCGGGGUUUCUGCAGAAGAACAAGGCCGGAGGCAUGCACCACGUCUGCAUUGAGAAAACUGCAAGUAAUAACGUAGUUUAUCAAAUCUGGACUCAGCAGCUUCUCCAAAAGGCCCUGAGGCCCGGACGGUGUGUCUCGGUCGUUGAGCUUCAGCCUAUGAAUCCGGAAGUCCCAGUUCGCUUCCCAGUCAGGUACCUGCCCAGGUUGUGGGCUCCAUCCCAGUGGGUGGCGUGCAGGAGGCAGCCAUUCGAUGAUCCGCUCCCAUCAUUGAUGUUUCUCUCUCUCUCCCCCUUUGCCUCCCUCCCUCUCUGAAAUAAAUAAAAACAUAUUUUUUAAAAAGUCACCGAAGUUGGCCUUGGUUCAGCAGCGAACAGGACAGGGACCGAGCCCCAGUGGGAGGGGCGGCCGGCGCGGGCAGUCUGCCCUGUGAUAGGCAGAGGUCACGCGCGUCUCCUCGCUCACAGGCGAGGAGAGGUUGGUUGCUGCGGCCGGCCCAGGAGGUGGGAAGGCACCUGUGACGGGAUCCCCCGGGCACGAGAGGAGGCAGCCCUUCUGGGCAGCGGGAGUAGCAGGUGGAAAGGCACAGAGUUAUCAGAGCAACUGCCAGCCCCCGGACGCCACCUGCAUUGUUUUCUGCAUUUCUUAUAGCUACCUCAGGAGGGCGCCGUUCUCCCCAUCCACAGGCGAGAAGCCGUCUGAGAAUAGCUUGCCCAUAGUCACAUGACUAGUGAGUGGCAAGGCUGCUAACUAGCUGUGUCCAAACUAGAUUUGUUCUGAGUCCAGCGUCGGCACUGCUGGGCGGCGCCAUCAUUGUGUGAGCUGGGGAGCCAUAAGGUGUUCGGCAGGGCACUUGCAAGGCCUCCUGGUUCACCGCUCCCUGUCUCAGAAGGUGAAUUUUGGCUGCAGGUCUGUAUCGCAGUGGACUUGGGGUUUACCUGAGGCCCCCAAGGACGACAAGCAGGAUCCCCGCCUUUGAACCCACUGCUCCGUCCCAGAGCGCACUGCCUGGGUCCGACACCAGAGCCCAGGCUUCAAAGGAAGCCGGUGUGAGUGAGGACUGCAGUGAAGCGGGGACAGGGCAAGCUCAGGAGCGUAGCAGUGGAUGUGAGAGUCGAGGUCAGCGGGGAGAUGAAGACGUGGUUCCGUGUAAAGUGGAGGUGGGCCACGGGAAGUUGUGGAAGGUGGCGGGUUAGUCCUUACGUAAAUGUGAGACACCGUCAUUGGCCGCUGCUCUCCGUAAAAAUCAAGCGUCUUAACCAGUAGACAGGUUUUAUUUUUCAGGCCUCAGUCUGAGAGAGAGCGGUCCCAGGCUGAUGGGCUUCCUCCAAUCAGCUGGUUUAAAAACCUUGAUCUUCCUCAGAAGCAGACGGGCUGUCUUGGGACGCCGAGCCCCACGGGUGCCCUUGCCAAAAGCAUCGUUUGCUCCAGGGCGACGGCCUUGGAAUUGUCACUGAGCACGUAUGGUUUGAUUACAGUCACUGCCAGUGCUGCCCGCUGAAAUAUAACACCAGCCGCAUAGAUCACUUAUUUGUUUUAAAUAUAUGCUUACUGAUUUCAGAGAAAGGGAGAGGGAGAUAGGAACAUCGAUGAUGAGAGAUGACAGAAUCAUCAGUUGGCUGCCUCCUGCACCCACUGGGGACCAAGCCCGCAACCCAGGCAUGUGCCCUGACCAGGAAACGAGCCUUAACCUCCCCGUUCCUGGGGCUCGACCACUGAGCCACACCGGCCAGGCCACAUAGACCGUUUUAAAUCCAUGGAUGCUGCCACGAGUGCUUCCGGCCUCUGCAGGCCGCCCCCUAGGAGGGGGUCUGGUGUCGACUGGAACUAGCCGUGCUUCCCCUGAACCCCAUCCAGGCAGCAAGGGUUUGAUGAAAAUGGUGAAAAUGCUUAGGUGCCGUGGUUGCUCACCCAGGGAGAUUUCGCAGCUUCUUUCCCUCUGGAGCAGGAGCCGGUGUGUGUGGUGGUUUCACAAAGGCUCUGCCUCAAGGCAGAGGGGAGAGCCAUGGGCGGAGGUCUCUUCCGGUCUCAGGGUCCUGCGGUUCGGUGUUUCCAUGGUCUCCGGCGCACUCUUGUUUCUUU